AUGCGCUUCAAAACACAAUUAACCAACAUCCAAACCUUUACCAAACUAACAGCCUCCCUAACCUCCCUCGGCAAAGUCUGCUGGCUCCGUCUCGAAGACUCCAUUGUUCGCUUCACCAUAAUCCCCGACCAGGGAACCCAGGUCUGGGCCCAGUUACCAGUCGAUGCAAUCUUCGAACCCAAUACAUAUACACUAGAAUCCAAUUCCGGCGUAAUAAAUCUCGAAGUGCCCAUCGGGGCACUCCACCGCGCGCUACGGUCCGCGAAUGGUGCGAAUUCCGCGCAGAUACGGCUUACGAAGAAAGGCAGCGUUCCGCUGCUCGCACUGACGAUUCUUUCCUCGAGUUGGACGACGGGGUCUAAUGCUAUUGGCAUUAGCAAUGAUGAGGAAUUUGAGGGUUUGUUUACGGAUGAGGGGGAUAGAAGGGGAACGGGGCCGAGGGAACGAGAGACGGUGAUAUCGCAAGAAGUCCCCGUGAAAGUCCUGCACGAAUCGGCCGUUGAAGGGCUCCAUGAACCAACGUGCCGUGAUCCAGAUGUCCAUAUUAUUCUGCCCAGUCUGCUGCAGCUGAAGAGUAUAUCCGAGCGAUUCACGAAACUAGCCACCAUCGACACCAAAACACCCUCCACCAUCACAACCACAACAAAUUCAACCCAACCCCCGCCAUCAUCAGCAGUCCCCACAACAACAGCCCCCGGCAGCAGCACUGCAAGUCCCAAGCUCGAACUCUCCGCAAACAUGCACGGCUCUCUAAAGUUAGGUAUCGCGUCGGAUUCGCUGCGGAUAUCCAGCGUGUGGACGAAUCUGGUGAACCCCGCGCUGGACCCUGCGCAAUUAUCGCAGACAGAGAUGCAGGAACUACCUAGUGAGCGGAUGAGGAGGUUGGGUGAGGAGGGGAAUGGGGAGGAGGGGUGGGCGAGGGUGCGGAUUGAUGGGAGGGAUUGGGGGCGGGUGUUGAGUGUGGGGAGGUUGAGUCCGAAGGUCGUUGCUUGUUUCAUCAACGAGACGGCAUUGGUGCUGUAUGUCUAUUUACCGGGGAGUUGGAACGGGGAGGAUUCAUGCCUCACGUACUACAUCAAUUCAUAUUCCACCUGA